AACAUUUUAUUGAAUAACAGUUAAAAUAAAAGUAUAUAACUUUGUAAAAUGGGAGUUCCAGCAUUCUUCAGAUGGCUAUCAAGAAAAUAUCCAAGUGUUAUCAUUGAAUGCGUUGAAAAAAAGAAUGUAGAUGAAACGACCGGCAAAAACAUCUAUGAAGAUGCAACACUUCCAAAUCCAAAUGAUAUUGAGUUUGACAAUCUUUACUUAGAUAUGAACGGGAUAAUUCAUCCUUGUACACAUCCGGAAGAUAAGCCGCCUCCAAGGAAUGAAGAUGAGAUGAUGAUUGCUAUAUUUGAGUGUAUUGAUCGCCUGUUCUCGAUUGUUCGUCCUCGUAAGCUUCUUUAUAUGGCAAUUGAUGGAGUUGCACCUCGCGCUAAGAUGAAUCAACAAAGAUCUCGUAGGUUUCGAGCAUCAAAAGAAGCAGCUGAAAAAGCAGCAGAAAUUUCAAGAAUUCGAGAAGAACUUAAAAUGAAAGGAGCUAUUUUACCUCCGGAAAAACCAAAAGGAGAUCAUUUUGACUCAAAUUGCAUCACACCGGGAACUCCGUUCAUGGAAAGACUGAGUCGUUGUCUUCAGUAUUAUGUCUACGAUAGAUUGAAUAACAAUCCAGGGUGGCGUAAUGUUAAAGUAAUUUUAUCAGACGCGAAUGUUCCUGGUGAAGGCGAACAUAAAAUCAUGGAUUACAUUCGACGACAACGAGCGCAACCUGAUCACGAUCCCAACACUCAACAUGUACUAUGUGGAGCUGAUGCCGAUUUGAUUAUGCUUGGAUUAGCAACUCACGAACCAAAUUUCACCAUCAUACGUGAAGAAUUUCUUCCGAACAAGCCACGUCCCUGUGAUAUUUGCCAACAAAUUGGUCACGAAAUGAAAGACUGCACGGGUUUAGAAAUUGAAUUUCAUACUCAACCGGAAAAAGAGUUUGGUAAAGAAACGCAAUUCAUUUUUGUAAGAUUAAAUGUGCUUAAGGAAUAUUUGUCAAGAGAACUGGACAUGCCGAAUCUUCCUUUUCCUUACGAUUUUGAGCGUGUCAUUGACGAUUGGGUGUUUAUGUGUUUCUUCGUUGGUAACGAUUUCCUUCCACAUCUUCCUUCAUUGGAAAUUCGUGAGAAUGCAAUUGAUCGAUUAAUCACACUUUACAAGAAAUGCGUUUAUAAGACUGGCGGUUAUUUGACUGAUUCCGGCGAUGUUUCUUUAGAGCGAGUUGAGAUGAUCAUGCGUGAUUUGGGACAUGUCGAAGAUGAAAUUUUCCGUGAUCGUCAGAAGAAUGAAGAACGAAUGAAGGCAAGAAAUAAGCGAAUGAAGUCGGAACGACAACAACGACCGAAUUUUAAUCUCAUGCAAAAUACACAAUUUGCACCGACACCACUUGGACGUGGAGUAGCACCAGCCGCUAUUGUCAAUCCGAAAGAUGAUAUUUUAAGGAUCAGUAGAGCGGCAAUGAUGCACACAGAUGCAAAAGCUGGAAAUAGUAAUGCAGCAUUUGAAUCGAUGCUUCAUUCAUCAACAACAGCAAACAAUGAAGGAAGACAAGGAGUUAAACGGAAGGCAGAAGAUCAGCCAGCUUCCGUGGAAGAAGAAGACGACCAAGCACAUGAUGAAGUACGAUUAUGGGAAGAUGGAUUCAAAGAUCGUUAUUACGAAUCAAAGUUUGAUGUUAUGCCUGAUAAUUUGCAAUUUCGUUAUUCGGUCGCUUUGGAGUACGUCAAAGGGCUAUGCUGGGUGUUGCAAUAUUACUAUCAAGGAUGUGCAUCAUGGGAAUGGUACUUUCCAUACCACUAUGCACCAUUUGCUUCUGACUUCACUAACAUCAGAGGAUUAAGUAAGAAGUUUAGCAAAGGGACUCCAUUUAAGCCCUUAGAACAAUUGAUGGGAGUUUUUCCAGCUGCUAGUCGUCAACACGUUCCACUCCCAUUCGCAAAGUUAAUGCUUGAUCCAAAAUCUCCAAUUAUUGAUUUUUAUCCCGAUGACUUUAACAUUGAUUUGAAUGGAAAAAAGUUUGCAUGGCAAGGUGUCGCGUUGUUGCCAUUUGUUGACGAAAAGAGAUUGUUUAAAGCUGUUGAACCAUACAGAAAGGAAUUGACAUUGGAAGAGAAUAAAAGAAAUAAACUUGGUGACGACAGAUUGUAUUUGGGACGUGGAUCGCGUGGUUAUCAAUUGUUGAAAAAGUUUUACGAGACAGAGACAGAUUUCGAUAUAGAAUUUCCGAUAUCGAUCGAAGGAAUGCAAGGUUUGGUGCUUUUGUCUGAUGAAAAUAUCCCCGAAGGUGGAACAUUUCCAACUCUCAUCAUGGGACUUCAUGACAUUACUGAUAAUUCGGUAAUUAAUGUCAGAUAUCGCGAUCCGAAGUAUCCCGAAAGUUUCAUUUUCCCUGCUCGCAAACUUCCAACAGCAAUCGAUCCACCGAAGGUAUUGAAACAAGGCGUUGAUCAAGGAAAUCCACAUUACCGUCCUGUUAUUGGCUUCAAUCAUAAUCGAACACAGUUUGCAAGUGUUGGCGAUGCAGGGGCAAGAACUGUUAAUCAUUAUACUUCAAAUAGAUUCGCUGAUAAAGGAAGUGACCGAAACAACUCACAGGGUCAAAGUGGAAAUUCAUAUCAACAGAACCGACAAGGUUUCGGAUAUCAGCAACAACGAUUUGAUAACAGACAAGGACAACAAGGAAGGCAAGAUAAUCAAAGAAGGUACAAUAACGUUAGACCUCCAGCUAACAACUAUCAGCAACGUGAUGGAUAUCAACAACAACAACAACAAAGGAAUUCAUAUCAGAGUAACGCAACUUCUUCAGCCUCUUAUCGACCUCAACAACAAAGCAACACGUCUGGAGGAUAUCAACAAUGGAAAUCACAACGUGGAGGCUUCCAAAAUCAAAGAGGUGGUUACUCUGGCCAACAAGCAAAUCGCGGUGGUUAUCAGAGAUUCAACUCAUCCAACAACAAUUCUGAUAACUCAUCUUCCAAUCGUUAUGGUGGAAGUUACAGUGGCGAAUAAAAUGUUUUUAAAUAAUGUUCAUUUCUUAAAUACUUAGGAAAUUUCAAAAAGUUAAGCUAGAACAUAAAUUGAAAAAUUCACUUUCUUAUACAUUAUUCAAUCACAAAAUGAAAAUAAAUUAAUGUCGUCCAAGAUAAGAAAAAAGGAAAAUAAUAAAAUUGAAGAGAAAAAUCGUUGGAAUGACGAAA